ACGUGUUCUGUUGUGGGUGUGGGAUGCGCUUUACAGACCCGAGCGGAUUCAGGACCUUGCGAAACAGCUAACCACCAGUUAGCGGACAGGCGUCAACGUCUAAUCACUCGUCCAGAGAAGGGUUGUUCCUUGAUCAGCCUCAGUAUGUUUUACACUUGUGGCCCCAACGAGGCAAUGGUGGUGUCCGGCUUCUGCCGCUCACCCCCCGUGAUGAUCGCCGGAGGCCGGGUCUUCGUCCUCCCCUGUGUGCAGCAGAUCCAGAGGAUGACCCUGAACACCAUGACACUGAACGUGAAGAGUGACAAAGUGUACACGCGUCACGGUGUUCCCAUCUCUGUGACUGGCAUCGCUCAGGUGAAGAUUCAGGGGCAGAAUAAGGAGAUGCUGGCCGCGGCCUGCCAGAUGUUCAUGGGCAAGACGGAGAGCGAGAUCACCCAUAUCGCCCUGGAGACCCUGGAGGGCCACCAGAGGGCCAUCAUCGCUCACCUUACCGUCGAGGAGAUCUACCAGGACCGGAAGAAGUUCUCCGAGCAGGUCUUCAAGGUGGCCUCGUCUGACCUGGUCAACAUGGGAAUCAGCGUGGUCAGCUACACGCUGAAAGACGUUCACGAUGACCAGGACUACCUGCACUCUCUGGGAAAGGCCAGGACGGCCCAGGUGCAGCGGGACGCCAGGAUUGGGGAGGCGCAGUACAAGAGGGACGCCGUCAUCAGGGAGGCCCAGGCCAUGCAGGAGAAGGUCUCUGCGCAGUACGUGAACGAGAUCGAGAUGGCCAAAGCUCAGAGGGACUACGAGCUGAAGAAGUCCACCUACGACAUCGAGGUCAACACCAAGAAGGCGGAGUCAGAGAUGGCCUAUCAGCUGCAGGUGGCGAAGACGAAGCAGCGCAUCGAGGAGGAGAAGAUGCAGGUGCAGGUGGUGGAGCGCUCGCAGCAGAUCAUGCUGCAGGAGCAGGAGAUCACGCGCCGGGAGAGGGAGCUGGAGGCCCGGGUCAAGAAGCCGGCCGAGGCCGAGAAGUACCGUCUGGAGAGGCUGGCCGAGGCCGAGCGUCUGCAGCUCAUCAUGGAAGCAGAGGCUGAGGCCGAAUCCAUCAGAGUGAAGGGCGAGGCCGAGGCCUUUGCGGUGGAGGCUAAGGGGCGGGCGGAUGCAGAGCAGAUGUCUAAGAAGGCGGAGGCGUUCCAUCAGUAUAAGGACGGGGCCAUGGUGGACAUGCUGCUGGAGAAGCUGCCCCUGAUAGCGGAAGAGAUCAGCAGGCCGCUCUGCGCCACUCAGAAGCUGACCAUGGUGUCCAGCGGCGGCUCGGAGGUGGGCGCGGCCAAGCUGACCGGAGAGGUGCUGGAGAUCAUGACCCGGCUGCCCGCGGCCGUGGAGAAGCUCACCGGGGUCAACAUCUCACAGGUGACAGGUAGCUCAACCCGCAUGGGCUGAGUAAGAGAAGGCUCCUCUGCGUAAUCAGUCUGCAAUCACCGGCCUCAUGCCCGUUAUCAUUUCCUUAAUGUAGUACACUUGUGAUGUCAUAGCAGCCACCUUCCACGACUCUGUCCGUCUUUCUGUGACCGCACCUCCUGUCAGUGUACGCGCUGGGACCACUCUUGGGGGGUGCUCUGCAUCGUACUGUGUUUGGUUUUUGUGUGCCAUUUUGAAUUCUGCUUAUUCACAUAUUCCUGCUUUUUUAAACCGUCCUGUUUGAAAUAUACGAGUAGCCACGUUGUGUUGUAGAACGCUGGUAUAUAGGCCAGCCAUAUCGGAUCACUUAUAUACAGCCAAGCCUCAGUCUGUCAUAUCACUCAGUCUGCGCGCUCGCACACCUGGGCAGUUCCCUGCAGGUUCCGCAGGAACCUGGUUUCAGUUGCGGUCGUUUCAUUCAUAGUGAAAUGCACGAAUUAGAGCAAGAGAGAUAACAAAAAAAACAGGGUAGCGAAGAGGUGGAUUUGAAAGAAACUUGUUUUAGCCUGUUCUGGAAAGUAAAAAAAAAAAAAAAAAAAAAAGUGAAGUGAACUGGGGCCAUGGGUGGAAUCAUAUUCCCCAUUUUGUUUCCAUUUCCGACUUUCAGCCCAGCAUUCCUGCAGCUCGUUUGCCUACUAAAACACCUGCAGGCACGCAGGGAAAUUCAGUCCCAGUGGGACAGCGUCAGCUGUGAAAACAGCGGUGCAUAAUGGCGGUCUGUGAGGUGGGUGCGGGGCUCCGGGUUUUGGAAAUUUCGAACCUCCUCCCUGAACGCAUUUGUUGUCCUGAGGUUUCUGGGCAGGCCGUUCUGGGCCACACCGGUCCCUCAGGCUGAAGUGCAGCGGUGUGAGCGAGGGCCAGUGUAGAGCUGCAGCCAAACCUCCCCCCCUGACUUAACGCUUCAGUCCUGCGCUCAGUAUGUCUCCAAGGGCAACGCUGAUCACCUGACCAAAACUCGAGGCAUUCCACGGAUGACCCCACUGCUGAUUUUCCCCCCUGUAUCUGUGAGACUUCUGAAUGAAACUAGGGUAGGUUGUGUUUUCGUCUGUUACGGCUGCUGUACAGUCAGAUGAGGGAGAGGGCGGUGUCCUCUCGUCUUAGUGUUACACUGAGCCUGAGUUGCAUUCUGGGACAUUGCUGGUUUGGUGAGGGGACGGAAGGGCCGUUUUUAAAGUGAAUCGAGCGCACACUUCCCUGU